AUGAUUCCUAUACCGUCAAUGUACGCGGGACCAUCAAAUGGAAGUGCAUCAAAUAUACCUUCGAUAAAAGGUAAAGAGCGAGCCUCCUCUUCUUCAUUUGAAGUCGUGGCCAACUCCACUCUCGAAGAAUCAGGAUGGCCACCUGCAAGAGAGAGUGAAAGAUGGACAAGCUCAGAGUUUUGGAAAAGAAGUAGAGCACGUGCAAAAUCAGAUAGGACGUCUUGGGAUUAUGUUUUGACCAGUGGUGUAGCUGGUGGUAUAGCUGGAUGUGUUGCGAAAACGGCAAUAGCUCCUCUAGAUAGGGUGAAGAUAUUGUUUCAAACGAGUAAUGCAGAUUUCCGUAAAUAUGCAGGUACUCCUCUUGGAUUGGUACAUGCUACUGGGGUUAUCUACAAGACAUCGGGUAUACGAGGUUUAUUUCAAGGACAUUCAGCUACCCUAUUCCGAAUCUUCCCUUAUGCUGGAAUCAAGUAUAUGCUAUAUGACUGGAUGGAGCGGGUAUUGAUACCGACUCCAGAUUAUAGAACACCUCAGAGAUUCUUUGUUGCGGGUGCUGUAUCUGGUGUGACAUCAGUUCUAUUCACCUAUCCCCUUGAACUCAUUCGAGUGCGAUUAGCAUUUCAGACCAAGGCAUCAGAGCGGACUUCAAUACUACAAGCUGUCAAGUCGAUAUAUCACGAAUCUGACGUUGUACAUACACGCAAGCAGAACAUUUCACCAUUUGUCAGAUCGCUUCCUUUAUAUCCGUUUUACAGAGGUUUUUCAAUAACCAUAAUAGGAAUGAUUCCUUAUGCCGGAGUAUCAUUCUUGACGUAUGGAACAUUGAAGAAACACGCAUCGGAUUAUGUACCUUAUUUCAAAGAUAGACCAACAGCAAGAGAUUUAUCUUGUGGUGCAAUAGCAGGAGCAGUCAGUCAAACUGCAAGUUAUCCGUUUGAAGUGAUAAGAAGAAGAAUGCAAGUCGGAGGUGCAUUAGGUGGAGGUGGUAUAAAUUCCAAAGAAGCAAUUCAGAGUAUUUACUCUGCAAAAGGUUGGAGAGGUUUCUUCGUUGGAUUGAGUAUUGGUUAUGUCAAAGUGAUACCUAUGACCAGUAUAUCUUUCGCAACCUGGCAGAUGUUGAAACGACACUGGGAAUUAUAG